AUGCACUCAUUUGUGAAACCUGAACCAGAUAUCGAAAUCAACUCACAAUAUUUACAUAAUGAUUCCUCGGUGGCCAUUUGUUCAAAUUCUUCUUCUGGAAACAGUCCAAAGACAGAAAAAAUGAAAAAUCAUGAGUCUAAGAGGAGAAACUCUACAAUUGUUGCUGAAAGAAAUAAUCUUAAUCAAUUGAAAAGUUUUUUGAUUAGUACUGAUCCCAUUCAGAUUCCACUAAAACCCGGAAUCAAUACCCCAGAGAAGGUUACAACAAAUUUUGUCAAAAGGGAACCCAAUAACGACUUAAAUAAACCUUCUAAAGAAAACAAAACUUCUGAGAAGCUUUCCCACUCAAGAAUUGAAAAGACGACGGCUACUUCAUCGUCGUCAUUAUCUUCCUCGCUAAAGAAACAUAGAAAGGAUGAGUCUCAACUUAAAAAAUCGAAAGAUCUAUUGACUCCUACGAGGGAAGAAACAUCUACUCAAUAUCAAGACCUGAAUAAAUGUGAUACCAUACCAAAAAACCCUCUUGCACUUAAAAAAUUGAAGAAUUUAUUGUUUGAUAUUAAUCCAAUAGACGACGAGGAAAUUUCCUCUCGCACUUCAGAUCUUUUAAAAGAGGUAUUCGAAGGCUUGGACGAUGAACAAGAUUUAUCGUUUUGUAAAGGACAAGUUGAUAGAUCGCUAGACGAAUGGAUCAACUAUGGUGAGGAAUUAAACAAUCGACAUCUCGAGUUGACAAAACAAUUAGUUCAACUCAGAAUCGAGUUAAGUUACAAAUUUAGAAUUAUAAUUGAAUUAAUUAAUGAUAAUUCCGAUUAUCUAAUGCAAAGUGAGAAAAGUUUAGACGAGAAAUUGGACAGGAUCAAGGUUAUUGGCAACGAUAUAUUGAACUUAUUAUAA